UUUCAUCAAUCUCUAUACAAAAAUCAUUGAAAAAUGCCCAAAUAUUAUUGCGAUUAUUGUGAUACAUUUCUUACACAUGAUUCGCCAUCAGUACGUAAAACUCAUUGUAAUGGACGAAAACAUAAGGAAAAUGUUCGAUUUUAUUAUCAAAAAUGGAUGGAAGAACAAGCACAGAAUUUAAUUGAUGUGACAACUGCCGCAUUUAAAGCUAAUAAAGCUUUAGUACCACCAGCUGCAUUAGCAGCUAUGCGGCCACCAAAUGCACCACCAAUACUUCCACCACAAGGAUUACCGCCUGGUGCACGAUUUCCACCACCGCCGAUUCCAAUUCCACCGGGCCGUUUACCAUUAUUACCAAAUGUUCCACCAGGUGCUCCUCCACCUCCGCAAGGUGUGCCACCAUUUAUACCGAAUGUUCCACAUGGUGCCCCACCACCUCCGCCAGGUGUACCACCAUUAAUGCAAAAUAUUCCACCUGGUGCUCCACCGCCUCCUCCAGGUGUACCACCAUUAAUGCUAAUGUAGGGGGGUCUCCCCUUUCUAGGCUAUGAAUGUAUUGUAAAACGUGUAUUUAAAAUAUGAAAUAAAAGAACAGUUUAUCAUUU